AAUAAAGCAGUAUAUAAAGCAUUCUAAAGUAUAAACUAUAAAACAAGGGAGAGAAAUCACUUAAUUACAGUUGUAAUUACACUCUUGUCAAAAAUAAAGUUUUAGAGUGGAACAAUAACUCGUCGACAUCUUUUAAGUAGCUAAGUGGUAAAUGUGCACCUCAUCGUGUUUGCCGAGUCUUUAAGGUUACUCAAUCUCCAUUUUGAUGAGAUAUUCAUUCAAGCAGGUGUACCAUGUAAAUGCGUGUUACAAAAGAAGAUAUCAAAUUCAUCUAAGUCUGCUGCUCAACACAUGUACUUUUAAAGAACUUGUUUGCAAAUUCAACUCCAUUUUAAAUCUGGGUAAUUCUACGGGAUCACGUCAUUCCAUCACAAAAAGUUGAAAGCACCGUAAUUGAUAAAAUAAUGGAGCAGAAUGAAAGUCACUCUAUUCAUAAUUCGGUUGAAAAAAAGAAUUCUGAGAUUAUCAAUAAUGGCGGUGCUGAAAUGUUGAAGAAAAUUAAAAACUCAAACUAUAUUACUUAUACUGAAGAAGAGUACGAAAAAGGUUUAGAAAUGUUGAAUCUUCCUAUGAAAAUGCUUCUAGAUACGCUAGAAUACAAUCCGAGAAUUGUAUUUGUUAAAUUAAAUCAUAUUGGAGAAAACUAUUUUACAAAUGGAUCUGCGUAUAAAACCAGAAAUAAGUCUGUUGUAAGGUUUUUAUCGCCAAGGCAAGUAGAGCGAAAAGCAAUUCAAGACGUAAACUUGAUGUGGAACACAAUACAAAAGAUGAUUUUGGGUUCAGGAAAAUUAAUCACAUCUGGAAUUCAAUCAGUUCAGACUUUCAAUGUUACACCUACUUUUUUAGUCAAUUGUAAAAUAUGUAAGGACAAAUUUUCAAAAAGAUCAGAUUUAGUUAAUCACAUUGAAAACAAUCAUCCAGAUAUUCCAUUGCAGAAUUGCGCUUUCUGUGGUAGAAAAUUUCUUGUCCUUCGUGGUCUGGCACAACACAUUAAUAUGAGUCAUGCAAUGAUUAUGAUGGAGAAUAAAGGCAAGGAGAAUUCGCUUCAAAUGAGCGAAAGUUUUCCUCCUUUCAACACGCAUUCAGCCGGAAAAGGUAUAUAUAGAGAUAAUGUGACAUCUCUUAAAGAUCCAAACAAUUCAGGUGUUGCAAGAGUGGAGGACAUCAGUGAUCAAAAGGAAAAGGUAAUAGAUGGCUCUACAUGCAAAUAUACUUCAAAAUAUUCCAAUGAAAUGUUUUUUAUCUGCAAUAAUGAGUCAUCGUCAUCAUUAUAUUCUUUUGGAAGUUCGGGUAAUUCAAAUGAUUCACAUAAAAAAGAGAUGACUGUGGAUUCUGUUAGUUUAACAUGUUUGAAUUCGGAAAAUAAAUCAAUAUGUAACAUUCCUGGGGUAAGUAGUAUAAUUGCAAAAAAUAAAGAAACUGAAAAUUCUUUGGAAUUCCAAGUACCUUUAAUCCUACCCACGGAUCAGCAGGAUAUUCCGAAAGCUGUAUGUAAACAAGAAAAUAAUCAUUCAACUGAACCUACAGACAAUCUUGAUUUCAUCCUCUCAUCAGAAAAAAAAUCAACGUCAGUAAAACAUGUUGAUUCCAGCUUAGACAAUGGUGAACCGAAAAACACAGGUCAAGAAAAUUCUCUGCGCGAGUUAAACAGUAUACAGCAGAAUAAAGCAGACCUUGGCAAUUUAAUAGUAGUAGAUGAACCGCAGAAAAGAGCGUUGAUUACUAAAUUUGAAAAACAAGAAAUGUUCCCUUACAGCAAUCAAAAUUAUGAGAAGAAAACAGAUACAAAAGCAAUGGAGUUGGCAGUAGACGAUGAAGUGUUUUCUGAUAAGAUAUGCUGCAUAUGUCUAGACAUAAUUAAUGUAACACGGCAGAUAUUCGACAAGAAACAGUACUCUAAAUUCAAGUGUCAUGAAUGUCCAUUUUGUGGCGUGCGGUAUGCGGAUAUUUAUUUCGAACAUCACGUUGCAACAGUUCACCUUGUAUGCGAUGAAAACGAAUGUAAGUCCCGAGUUAUUCUAACUGCAUCCCAUUUACGUGAAUUGCUUAAUAUGGAAAUAAAAAUGGAGUGCAUACAUGUAAAUUGCAAUCAUGAUUCCUCGAGUGAUUUAAAGAAGUCUGAAGAUAGUUCACAUUAUGAAAAAUUUCAGAACGAUGAAACAAUAAAUACUGUUGACGACAAUUUAAAGGAUAUAAACGUCUUUGUGAAUAAUAAUAACGGAACAUUACGUCAAGAGUUCGAUACAACUGAGAACAACAUGAAAACUUGUUGGAAGAAUUUACAAGAUUUUGUUGAAAGAAAACAAGAAAAAGUAAAUACAGUAUCGAGUGAAUGCAAUGCUUCAGACUUAAAAUUUGCUAUUAAAGUUGAACCUUGCAACCGCAUAAAGGAAGAGGACGAGUGCUACGAAGAUAAUUUGAAUGUGCGCUCUACUGACUCUUCUUUACCAUCUGUUAAUACGCCAAUUUGCAAUACGGUAAAAAAUAAAGUAUCGUCUAACAAAGGUGGUUAUGUUGAUCAAAUAUCGUCGCAAGAGUCACGUUCUGAUGAAUCAUCGAAAGUCAUUAAAGUGGAAUCGUACGAAUCUAGCUUUUGCUGUUGUAUUUGCAAAGAAACUUUUCAACAAGAACAAAAAUUGUUGGCACAUUUGUUUCAUUAUCAUCGAUUCUGUUAUCCGUUUACUUGUGAUGUCUGCUUUUUGUGCUAUAAAAACAUGGAAGAUUUGCAAGUACAUGUGAAGAUGCACGGUAAACAUAGUUUUUCAGAGAAAGCAAAGUGCAACACAUCUGAUAUCGUGGAAGGAAAGGAUUCUCUUCAAAAAUAUUGUUUAUUAGAUAAAACAGCUGCAUUUGAAUUUUAUGUAAAGGAAGAACCUUCUCAACAUUUGGCUCACUCCACUGCUGAAGCGCAACAUCUUGAAUCUGUAAAACCUAGUUUGACGAAAGAUCCUUUAACUAGUAAACGCAGCGUUGUUGUUGACGUACGUAAAGAACUAGACUUGCUGAAAUUCAAUACUGCACAAGAAGACAACUCUUUUAUUAAGUCCAACACAUUAUCAUCAUCAGUAGUAGUACCUAACAUUAAUUGCAGUCGAGAAAAAAUAAAAUUGAAAUCUAAUGAUGCAGCGGAAACUUUACACAUCAAAAAUGAACAAAAAGAUUCUCCCUCGAAGAAAAAGAAGCUAAAAAUUCCAUGUGUAGUGGAAAAAGUAGAAUACCCUUUAGAUCUUCACAAUUUAUAUGCGCAUAGUCGAAAAGCUCAAGACCCGAAAGUAGUCAACAGCAAUGUAGCGUUGGAGUUAGAUUCUAAUUGCACGGCAGAAUGUAAUAAUACAUUUUUCCUUUCUGUUGAAACAAAAAAGAAGAAUAAUCCAGUGGAUUCUGUUUCUUAUCUGAAAGACACUACUACUGUAGUGAGGAGGAAAUUAUCGACGUCGUUUUCAGUGUCUUCGAAAAAGAUGAAAAAAAAUGACUGUCAAGCGCAUACAGAUUCUGCAUCCGCCGCCGCUGCCGAUAAGGUGAUAUUUCAGUGCAAGACUUGUGAAAAGACAUUUGAUUUUAAAAGAUCUUAUAGCGAACAUAUGUUUUUUAUGCAUGAUGAAAUAUUCGAUGAUUCAGUAGUAUGCGAUUUAUUAAAACCUAGUUUUAAAAGCAAAAAUAUUGAAAAUGCUCUUCAGGAGAAUACAGGAUACAAAUUAAAUAAUUGUACCAACGAAGAAUUUGCUCAGUCUGUAGAAACAAGCCUGACAAUAGACGAUACUAAUACGGUAAUGGCAUGCUCGAUGCAUCAGGGAAGUUUGGUAAAUCUGGAAAAAAAUCUGACAGAUGGAAUUAUUAAUAACAAUAAUGCUAGGAAUUGCAGUCAAUGCGGUGAACGCUAUGUACAAGUAACGUCUUAUUUUCAACAUAGAUACGACAUUCAUGGCGAUGAUUCGUUGGUACACGUGUGUGAAAAUUGUAGCAAGGUCUUGAUUACAGUAAAUAUGGUUAAUUCGCAUUUGUGCACACAAGUCGAUACUUUUUCCUGCAAGGAUUGUGGAUUAAACUUUGUUAAUGGUUUAGCACUGAAACAACACAAUACAACGACACAUUUUGAAUCUAUUGGUCCGCACGUAUGUCAUGAUUGUAAAAAGUGUUUCUUAACAAACAGGAUGCUACAAAAGCACAAGCGCAUACUUCACUCAGAUGGCAGCAGGACGGGUUCCAGUUAUUCAAAGAAGGAGGAUAGAAAAAGGAGUAGAUUACACGAAUCAGAUGGAUCAAGUGCAAACACUACCGAUCAAUUUGAAAACACGCUUAUAAAUGUAGAUGAUGAAAGUACGCCGAGAAAAGACCGAACUGUGAGUUUAGUCAGGCCGUUAAUUAAUAAAAAAGGAAAAAUCAAUAGUCUGACUUGUCCUGUUUGUAAAUUUGUUCUUCAGUCCAUUAGACGUUUACAAGCUCAUUUGAUGGUGAAUCAUAGCAAGGUGACCGAUCUCUGCCUCUUGUGUAAUAGAUUAUUUGCCUUUGGAAGAGGAAUAAGGCACAUGUUGGACUUCCAUAUUAUUCCUGCAUGCAAUAAGGACAAUGAAUAUGUACUUUCCUGGGAAGGUGAUCCGAGGAAGGACGUGAAAGAAGCUAUACACGUUUUGGGUGAAAAAAGGUUACUAGCAAUUUGCAGUUACGAUGAUUAUACAACAAUGACAGAUUCUGCAUCAUUCCAAUGUCGACAUUGUUCGAUGACGUAUUCUGCUGUUCGAUUUUACAGAAAUCAUUAUGUACAACGGCAUGAUGACUUUUGUGCCCUUUGUGGCCAGAGCUUUCAGAAUAAUAAGGAUUUUACAGUUCAUGUAGAAAAUGUGCAUAAUUCUUUGAAACAUUACUUAUGGUUCACGGAAACUAUUAUUUCAACAAUUAUACAAACUGAGAGAAGCAAAGAAAACUCGCUAGAAACAUUUAUACAAAUUAUUGGAAGAAAAUUGGAUGAAAAUGAGGUUGAUGCUGCUUCGCAGCUAUUAGAACGGAUGGAAGUAGAAAGAAUCUCGACAAAUUCUACUUAUUUGGACAAGUGUCAUCUAAUUGUUGCUAAUGAUGCAAUGACUAGCCAGUUACCUGGGUCAAGCUUUGACCUACUUGAAGAGGCUCCAAUCGGUUUAUCAUCCCUCUCAGAAGACAGUCAGCUGCCUAGCAAAGUUCGAGGGGUAUCCAUUGUAACAACAAGUGAACAACAGUUACCUGUUUUACCAAGCGAGCUUCCAACGGAAUCAUUCAGAGCAGAUAUCUUACAGCUCCCAGACUUUUGCAUGGAGUACGAAAUUACUGACAAUGGUACAAUAGUAGCCCAGAAUUCCAAUUAUUGCAAUAACGAAAUACUUGUUCCUGGCAGUAUCAAAGAUCAGAAGGAAUAUAUGGAGGAAGGAAACAUCAAAGAAAGAAAACAAACAAUCAACACGAUCAUGUCAACCAGAACUUUCGAUAUCUCAAACUGUAUUUUCGAAAAUUCGACAAGUGUUGCUGAGGAUGCGUCAUUAGUUGAUUUAAAAGAGAAUCAGAUUCUCACUUUAAUAGCGAGCUGUCCUACAUCAUCUAGUAGUCAGGCGUCGUCUUCAGGACACAUUGUACAAGUUGAUUCAUUGGAAAAGGGUGUUGGAGAAUGCAGUAGUUCUGUUGCUGUAGGUAUUAAUAGUAGUAACGUUAAUAAUGAGAAAGUUGCUUUAGUAGUCACGGAAGAGGAUUUGCGCAUAUACAAAAAUGAUAUUCAAGCUUUAGCUGAACGUUUAAGUAUCACAUGUAAUGAAUUGUCUGUUGACGAAAUUGUUGAAACCUUACAAGCUUAUGUGAUUUCACAAAUUUGAGGUACUUUGAGACUUGUUGAAAACAACAUUCAUGUGAAACUACAAAAUUUGCAAAUAGUAAGGUAACUUGUUUCCUAAAAAUUAAUGAAGGAAUGCAACAUGUACUAAGUUCAAUUUUAAAUCUUGGAAACAUCUCAUACUGAAAAAAAUCCAACAAUGUUACCAUUAUAUUAUACUUUAGGUUAUUUAAUUGAUUAUACAUAAAUUAUUAUUUCAACGCUUAUUGCAUAUGCGAAAAGAGGAUUCGUACAAAUAAAAUAAAUAUUCUAUGUUUAAUA